UCCCCCUGCCGCCAGGCAGCCCGGGAGGCGGGAGGAAGUGUAGCAGGAGCCAGAGGCUGGGAUCCUUCUGGGGCUGCCCCAGCCUGCCCCCGCCUCCCAGCACCGGUCACCGGCCCGCGGGAUCUGGGGCCUUUGACGCGGGAGGGCGGGCAGCCAGGCGGGGAUAAAGCUGGGCGGGGGCACGGCGCCCCGGACUCCAGGACCAGAAAGGCGGACGUUAGCCUGCUGCUGAGCUGCCCGGGAUUUAUGGACAAGGCCUCGGGCGGCAGCUCCGAAUACUGCCGGGCCCAGCAUCACCGCCACGUCAGCUGCUGAGGAGGCCGGCGCGCCUCUGGCCCUCACCAUUGCCCUCGCCCGCCGAUGGCCCCUGCUGUCCGGCCCAGGGCCGGCUGUGCCGCCUGAGCCCCCGGGCCCCUUCCAGGACUCGCAGUACCCCGAUGGGGUAACGUGACAGAGGCCCUGUGUGUCAGAGCCGCCCCCCCCGCAGCGGCCGCUGCCCACCACCUCCGCCCCUGUCGGUCCAGUUCAAGUUCGGUUUUCCUUUGGUCCUUGAGGGUUUGGGGCCCACCUUUGAGCGCAGGGGGCCGAUUGCCUGUCCUCCGAUGCAGAGGGGGUGUCCCCAGAGGCAGACAGCGCUGGACGGAGCCACGGCGGCCCGAUCGCUCUGGUCUUUUCAAAGUUUUCUUUGCUGGGUUUUUGGUUGCCCUUACUUUUACUUUGCUUUGUAAGAGCUGGGCUCUGCUCCUCACCUCCUCCACCUCCGAGGUAUCUGCACAGCAUCUGUGCGGCUGGGGCGCGUUUCCAAAGAGUUUUCCGUGUCUGGGACAAGCACAGGGACCGCGGUCUCCUCGGGCUGUGGGGGGCAGGUGGGGGCCUCUCCACCGCGGGGGGGCCCCAGCCCCGUGCGGCCCCGCCCCCCCCGGAGGAGCAUGGCGCGGAUGAACCGGCCCGCCCCCGUGGAGGUGAGCUACAAGAGCAUGCGCUUUCUGAUCACGCACAACCCCACCAACGCCACGCUCAGCACCUUCAUCGAGGACCUGAAGAAGUACGGGGCCACCACCGUGGUGCGGGUGUGCGAAGUGACCUACGACAAGGCCCCUCUGGAGAAGGACGGCAUCACCGUGGUGGACUGGCCCUUUGAUGACGGAGCGCCCCCGCCUGGCAAAGUGGUGGAGGACUGGCUGAGCCUGCUGAAGGCCAAGUUCUGUGAUGACCCUGGCAGCUGUGUGGCCGUUCACUGCGUGGCCGGCCUGGGACGGGCUCCCGUCCUUGUGGCCCUGGCUCUCAUCGAGAGCGGGAUGAAGUACGAAGAUGCCAUCCAGUUCAUCCGCCAGAAGCGGCGUGGAGCCAUCAACAGCAAGCAGCUCACCUACCUGGAGAAAUACCGGCCUAAGCAGAGACUGCGGUUCAAAGAGCCACACGCACACAAGACCAAGUGCUGUGUCAUGUAGCCCAGGGCCUCUGAGCAGGGGCUCUGGGCCCCCUGCCGUCUCACCUACUCUCUCCCGGCGCCUCGGCACCCCGUGUUCCCUGGGCCGGCUCACCCUGCGUGCCCUCUGCUGUCUCUUCCUCCCCGUGUCCCCAUCUGCCCGCGUCCGCCACUUUGCGGACCUGCCCUUCCCUUUGUCCCCAUGCCCCGUGUCUCUGCGUGUCUGCGCCUGGGCCCCGCAGCCCCGUCUCUCUCUGUGUCUCUGCCUCUCCCCGAUUCUGACUUCUCUCUCUUCCUGUCUCUGUGCCUGCAGCUCUAUCUCUCCGAGGCUUAGCUGGGGCGCCCCCGGCCCCAGCCCUCCCACACUGUCCCCUGGGCAGCUUUCCUCUCAGGCUCGUUUGUUAGGGGGCAGGUGUAUUUUUUAGCCACUGGGCCUGACCCUCCUCCAUCCUGACCUGUUCUUGGCACUUUCAGUUAUUGGGUCUGGGGACUGUCAGAUGUCCUGGACACCUGAAGGCAAUAAAAUAGGACUCUGUGGC